AGUAUAUAUACCUUGCUUAUUGUUGUCAUAAAGUUAUUUAUGCUUAUAUUUAAAAGCAAACAUUAAUAUAAAAUAAUAGAGAAAUAUAUGUCGUUCAGAAUUGUACACAGCAGCUAGUACAUAUGCGGCGAAUUGGUAUUGAACCCAGAAGAGUGCCUCAACUAGAAGAACAGGAAUGACUGGUGACUUAGGAUGGAGUUGCAGUCCUAAGACGAUAAGUCCAAUGUCCAUUCGAGUAACCAGUCAAGGUUCGGCUGUGAGUGCAGCAGGAGGCAAAUUCAUAUCUGUCUUUUCCCUGAAGAAUAUGCUCAUUUCCGUGACUUAAAAUUCGAUUAUGAGUUCUGUUAAUUGCUUAAAAGUGCUUGUUUGCGUUUUUUGCUCGUGGUUCAAUCAUAAUAUACUAGCAAGCAAUGAGGGACUGUACAGUGUAGUGGCCCCCGGGAGCAUAAUCCCUAAUCGGGACUUCAAAGUAUCCGUGGCCGUUUAUCACAUCAAAGAACCAGUCACCCUUAAACUGGCCAUAUCAGGAGAUGCGUAUAAUGAUUCCCACACCGUGGACCUACCCACAGACCACGAAGUAAAGGAGGUCACCUUUAAGUUGCCUGACCUUUCCUCGGGUGACUAUGCACUGACAGCCGAAGGAGUGUCAGGCCUAAAGUUUCAGAACUCCAUUAGUCUUUACUUCCAACACGAUUCUCCAUUGGUUGUUUUACUAACUGACAAGGAUGAUUAUAUCCCUGGAGACAAAAUUAGCUAUCGCGUUUUGGUACUAAACGAACAACUUCGCCCAGAUACUUAUGCCAAAGAUAUGGUUAUCUGCCUCUUGGAUCCGAAACGAAACAAGAUUGAAGAGGCCAGAAAAAGCAAAGUAGCUGACGGAGUCUAUUCUGGUCAAUUUCAGUUGUCCAAAAGGGCAGCUCUUGGGCAAUGGGAGUUGAGUCUCGAAGAUGCUGAUGGCGCUGAGUACGGAGCUCGAACAAGUACAUUUACCUUUUUUUACGUGAGGCCUGAGGGACUUCCAAGGUUUUCCGUUCAUAUAGAUGUCCCAAAGUUUGUCAGUAUAAAGGAAAACGAGAUGAAGAUAGAGCUUAGAGUCAAGCAUUCGUAUGGCAACCCCCUCAACGGAAGAGCCGAAAUACAAAUUAAGUUAUAUACGGAAAAGAAACAGGAUAAUCUUUUUAAUCGCACAAUAACAGCGAAUGGUGCUGUAGUCAAAGGUCUGGCGACCUUUCAUAUUCAUCUGACGGACAUUGCCAAGCACAUAGCUCCAAUCCGGACCACAUAUAUAGCUACCAUAAAGGCAGCGGUGGAAGAUGAAGAUAGUGGAGAAAAAACUACUGAGAUUGCAUAUGUUUUCCUGCUUCAAAAUCGCUAUAUUGUUACAUGUGCAGAUUAUUCAUGCCAAAGGCCGUGGAAAGAAAAAAACAACAGGGUUCUUAUAAAGAUUACACACUUAGAUGGAUCUCUGGUUUCCGAAACGCAGUCACCGGUUAAGCUUAUUUACAGCGAAGGAACUGAAAAAGUGGGUAGCUAUUUCCGGAAAUUCAGAGAAGUGGACGAACAGAAGCGCUUUGAGUUCGAAGGCAAAUUGGAUAAGUCGGGACUUUACGAGUUCAAGGCAAACAUCUCUGAUUUUCCACAAAAUGGUGACUAUUUGGCGUACUACGAUAUAUCUGUGGAAUAUAAGGGCGAAGAACAUCGAAUCCAGCAAACAAUCCCACAAUCGAUGGGGUUCAUAAUCGAUGCGACAAAUGCUUAUUUCACACCUCGGAUAGAUGUGGAUUUCUUCCUUCAGAUCCAUGGACGCAAAGAUGACAAAGGUCUCCCAGCUGCGUUGGUUGUUGGCGAUGAUUUCCUGGUGACCCUCAAUUCCAACAAACCCAUCAAAUACUUUAUAUACAACAUAGUGGCCCGUAGUCUCAUACUGCACACCGAAAGAGUUGAGUUCGCGGAGCCCAAGAUGGUUUACAACUUCACCUUGAAGGCCACGCACCUCACUGCACCCCAUUUUCAUAUUUAUGCCUACUAUGUAGACGAACAGGGUGUCCUUCACCACACAAAGUCUCAAUUUGUAGUUCUCAUGAGUCUUCCCAACGAAAUAAGUAUAUCUGCACCGAGCACUGGGUAUCCUGAAGAAGAAAUCAAGCUAAGAAUCAGAACAGAACCCAAUUCCUUUGUCGGCAUCUUGGCGCUCGAAGAAAGGAUUUCAGGGAGGAUAAAGACAGCUGACAGAAAACAUGACGAUAUUGAUUAUCAGUUUUAUGCCAAUAAACUGUCAAAUAUUAUGUCAUUUAACAAGCCCUCAACGGAACUUCCCAGAAAUCAUGAAAUAAACUUGUCGUACUUAGAAGAGCAAUUGAACGACGUUCAUUUGCACACCUACCACGACGUUCCCGGAUCGCGUCUUGGUCUCGUCACCAUGACCAACGCCCAGAUUAAGGAGAGAAUCUUUCGAUACUUCGACAUGGACAAAGACUUAUCCGCACGAGCGAUAUCUGCCAAAAAUGGCAAGUCUGCAAUACGAUAUCCUUUGAAAACCACUGAGUCUUGGCUGUUCUCGGAUAUACAAAAAGUCAGAGAAAGGGUGACGGACGUCGACAUAAAGCUUCCCUCGACCUUGGGCACGUGGAUAGUUAAGGGUUUUUCGUUGCACCCUGAAAAGGGUUUAGGCGUCUUCCAAAGUAACAUCACACAAAUCAGAACAACCAAGCCCUACUCGCUCUUUAUUCAUUUGCCGUACUCAGUGAAACUAGGAGAAACGGUCAGAAUUCCGGUUCUGAUCGUCAACCAUUUACCGGACCUAUUGAAAGUCGAGUUAGCACUGGACUCCGAAGCUAAUGACUUUGGUGAUUCCUUGGAAUAUAGUCGAACACAACUAAUGGAAAUCGAGGAGUAUGGAGCCAAAAGCGCGUUCUUCAAUUUCUGCCCCAACUAUACGGGAAACUUUAUUCCUCUCGAAUUUUCAGCAAUCUCUUCAGUUAAAAAUACUACUGUUGAUAAGUCGCUAAUAGUUAUUGAAGACAACCUAAAUGUCAGUACCGAAUAUAGCCAUCGCGCCAUCUUAGUGAAUUUAAAGGACAAUCAGGAGUACAAAAGCACCUUCCAAUUUGAUCUCCCAAAUUCCAGACUGGUCGAGUUUACUCUAUUUAGUGACCCUCUCGGUCCGGUCCUCCAAAACUUGGAUAUUUCAAUGCCGGGUGGCACUGGCGAACUGACCAUGUCUAAAAUGGCAGUUAACUUCUUGGUGUGGAGCUACCUUAAUCGAACCAAAAAGCUCGAUGGAGCUUUGGACACUCGAAUCAAAAAUAAUUUAAGAGAGGGCUAUCAGAAUAUACUGAACUAUUGCCACAGAGAUGAUGGGAGCUUUAGCUACUUUGACCCUCCGAAAGCCACCGGUUCCAUCUGGUUAACCUCCUACGUCCUGCGUUACUUAAGCGAAAUUAAGGAUGUCAUAUAUGUAGAUGGUUCAAUUCUGCAAAAGGGAUUCGAAUUUCUGCUGAGCCAUCAGCAUGAAGAUGGAAGCUUCACGGAGGAUUUAAAAUACUUUUCAAGGUCCGGCAGUUCCCUUUUCUUCACAUCCAGUGUUCUGUUGGCCCUUCAGAAACAAGCCAAACCCAACACGGAAGCCAUCAACAAAGCGGUGGCUUUUCUUAGAUCUCAGCUCGGGGAAACUGGCUUAUCACUGGCCAAGUCAAUGGCCAUAUAUGCAUUGCAAAAGUCGCAGGCCCCAGAAUCUGACAAGCUUUUGGCGCAACUUAGAUCCGUGGCAAAGCAGGACCAAAGCAAUGACCAAAUUUGGUGGGCGGAGGAUGUGCAGCACAGAAGCCUUCAAGAUGUGGAGAUCACCUCAUAUGCCCUGCUCUCCCUCAUGGAUUCGGAAAUGGAUGGGCCAGAGUCAGCAAUCAGCACCAUUCGAUGGCUUUUGGCCCAGAGAAAUAUUUAUGGAGAAUUCGACUCCAGCCAGAAAACCGUUAUUGGCCUAACAGCUCUGAUUGAGUUCGCAGAAAAGUGGGGCUACAAUCCGAGCGCCUGGGAACUGAGCAUCAGCAACGAAGAGAUAUCACAAAAAUUUAUCAAAAGCAAUCUGUUGACCCAGUCGAUUAACUUCCCUCAAGGCACCAAAUUCCUGGAGGUUCAGGCAAAGGGAACUGGAGCAGCUCUCAUCCAGAUUAGCUAUGCAUAUGACUUCGAGGAAAAAGAGGUUAAUCCAAGCUUCAGUAUUCAGACUACGGUGAAACCGAGUUUGUCAUCGAAAAUGGAGCUGGUCGUGUGCGUGGAGUUUGUGGAGGGGAGCACAAAUGCCUCCGAUAUGGUCGUUUUGGAGGUGUCUCUGCCCUCCGGAUACAGCUCGGAUAAAUCAAGCGUUAAGAAAAUUCGUGAUGUCGAAGGAGUUGGGUCCGUUGAUACCAAGAAUGAAGACUCCGUGGUCAUCGUCUACUUUGAAAGUCUGGCCAAGAAUGAAAGUAAAUGCAUUCCCGUCGAGGCGUACAGAACACUUGAAGUGACCAAUCUUAAGCCUUCCAGUGUAGUUAUCUAUGAUAAUUAUGGCCGGAAGGCAACCGAAUAUUAUCAACUUAAAUAGGAGCUCAGCGACUUUAGAGGCACUUAAAGUCCCAGUUUCGAGUCCACAGCCUCAUAAAUCAAGCUAUGUCACUUUAAUCGGGGCACCUAACUUUCUACAGCCCACAUUUUUAUGGUACUACUCGAAGUUAAAUCCAAUAUACCUUAAUCACCUUCAAUGUCAGAUCGUAGAUACGAAUCGGCUGAGUCAGCAAUAAAUAUUUGUAAACAUUGCGCUAGCAAAUUGGA